AGUCACCAAGUCGUCGAAAUCGCGUUGCGGCAGGUCGCCCGACCGCGCUAUGGAGGAAGCCUCACUCGUGUACAAGCAGGCGCCCACAAAGGAACCAGCCGUGGCGGAUAUUUGAGAACAAGUCAGUCCAAUAUUAUUCACGGGUUCGGGCAUGCCUCGGCCCAGGUGUCAUGUACAAUAAGCCCGCGGAUUUGGCUUUCAAGUGAUCUUACUCUGCCCCACGAUGUCCUCUCUCGCUGCUGCUGCAGAGAGGCCAGCAUCCACCUCCAGUGCGUCGGAAACGACGACGAACCUCGCGGGAGAUCUCGAUUUGGAGGCGCGUUUCAAGGACGGUAAAGACAGGGUGGGAGAAAAAUCUGACGCGCAGGAAACACCGGCACCUAUGCCUGAGACGCUGGCUGCAGACGAUCCAGAAAAUCCGCGCAACUGGAGCACUGCUUCCAAAGUGACAGCCACUCUUGUCAUCUGCCUAUGGGUGCUUACGCUCACAUAUUCGUCGACGGCAUAUGUUGCCAGCAUUCCUUCACUUAUGAAGCGGUUCGGGAUCUCAGAGGAAGUUGCUCUCCUGGGCGUAAGCCUCACAGUUCUUGGAUUUGCAGCCGGGCCGCUCAUUUUCGGCCCUGCGUCGGAGCUAUAUGGGAGGCAGGCAGUGUACCGAUUCACCGCAGUGUUCUACAGCGCGUUCUUGUUCGGUGCCGCCUUCGCACCGAGCGCAGCGGGUCUCUUGAUCUUUCGGUUUCUAUCUGGAUUCUUCGGCUCGGCGUCCAUCAAUAAUGCACCGGCAUCCAUUGGGGACUGGACAUCUCCAUCGAAUCGCGGGGCGUAUGCGGCCCUUUAUGGCCUAAUGGCUUUCGGCGGGCCCUGCCUUGGGCCUCUUGUCGCGAACUUCAUCCAGCGUGAUGCGAAUUACCACUGGAACCUGCGUGUUAUUGCGAUCUUUGGGACUUUCAUAGGCCUGCUGGUCGCGCUAGUGCCUGAGACCCAUGGUCCCACUUUAUUGAAGUGGAAACUGAGGCGGCAAGGGCAGGAGACACCGUCGCUGACUGUUGCCAAGAUUGUUGCCACCUACAAAGUUGCCUUGGCACGACCUGUGCUCUACCUUGUGACAGGCAAGCGACCCAUCUUCUCUCCCUCUUGCAGGAUCGUGCUCUACGGAAUUCUGUACGGCUUCUUUGAAGCAUUCAGUGUCGUUUAUGUCGAGAUCCGAGGAUUCAAGACCACUUCCUAUGGCUUGACCUACAUUUCCCUCGGACUAGGCUUCGUCGUCUCGGCCAUUCUUCUUGCCACUGUCGGACAAUACGACUAUCACAAGGCGGCCAAGAAGGCUGCCGCAAAGGGCCUGCCGACAGAACCAGAAGCACGCUUGACGUUGACUUGCUGGGGCGCAGUCGCAUCUCCCAUAUCGUUGUUCAUCUUUGCAUGGACGGCUCCCUAUCCUCAUGUCCAUUGGGUCGCCUGUUGCAUCGCAGAGUUCAUUUUCGCCUGGAGCACGAUUCUCAUCUUCAACGGUUUUAUCCCCUACAUGAUUGACUGCUACCAGAUGACCGCCGCCUCGGCACUUGCCGCGGGAAUGGCCAGUCGCGCGCUCGUUGCCAGCGUCUUCCCGUUGUUCUCCCUCCAGAUGUACCACAACCUCACAGUCCAGGGUGCAACAUCGCUCCUUGGCGGCAUUGCGGUCCUGUUGGCGCCGAUUCCCUUUGUAUUGAUGAGAUCUGGAAGGGCGAUUCGCGCUCGGAGCAAGCAUGCGAUUGUAUGCGAGUGAGGAUAGGACUAUCAUACACAGCAACUACUAUAGAUCGCUUCCUGAAUCCUGAUCCGAGGUUGUAGAUGGGACUCGAUGAUAUCAUUCCUGAUCACCCGAAAUGUCGGCCAUUGCUGAGGUCAAUGUAUUUAUGUUGUUCAUGUCAUCAUCUUGACUCAUCCUCUUUUUUGCCCACUUCCACUUGCUUCAAC